AAAAGAGGAUUGGUGCAGAGAAGUAAGACUCUAUGUCUUUUUCUGAGUCGAAAGAAUUGCUAGAUACUCUUUUAUGUAAGUUUUCAUGUCAAGAAACAUGUUCAUUAGCAGUGAUACAACAAAUCACAAAAAUACUUACAGAUGAGUCAAUUUCGAAACCGCUGCCUUCAAAAAGUAGACGUAGAUUAGUGAGUUCUGCAAAAUCAAAAUGUGAUGUAUCGGAAAUUAAGAAAGAAAUCAAUAUACCUGCAGUGAAAAAUGAUACAGUUGAUAAAGCUCAAUUUGCGAUAAAAGUGUUCAAUGAGUCUUUGAAAUUAUUAUCUGAAAUAGUUAAAUUAUCUGGUGAUCAUCAAAAUUCUUCUCGAGUUUUAGAAAGUAAAAAACAGACACAUUAUAAUAUUGCUACCAACUGUGUUGGAUUGAAAAAAAAUAUUGUUAAUUGUUCACUAUUAUCUUUUAACAUUAUUAAUGAAAAUUCAAAUAAACUUAAUAUAAAACAACUUGGAGUUUAUAAAGCACAUGCUAAUAUGAUUAAUAGACUUAUUGAUUUAGAAAUGAUUUCAAUGGCAUUUCAUGAGCUUAUUUCUUUGCGUAAUGAUUUAGGAUGUUAUGUAAAGCUUAUUGUGGAGAAAGGUUUUUGGGCAAAGUCAUUUAAGCAAAAUAAAUCUCAAAUUAAUGAAGAAACUAGAACUAAGUCUGAAAUAGUUACGUGGCUUAUAAAUAUUGAAUCACCUGUUAAUUCUAUGGAAGAGGAUGUAAUAAAUUUUAUUACUGGGUUUCAGCUGAUGACUUUAAGAUGUGCUUCUCGACUUCAAGAUAUGACUAUUGAUGAGGUAUUUGUUAGCUUUUAUGUUUGUUUUAGAUUUAUGUUUUUAAGUCAUUAUUGAAUUCUUUUAACUCUUGUUUUGGUCCAAAGGCAUUUUUUAAAAGAUUAAAUGAAUUAAAUUCGGAAUUAGGGAAAAAUCAAACUAACAUUUUGUAUCGCGUUGUUUUAAAAUUAUGUUCAUCUCAUUUUUCUUAUCUUUCAUUUCAAUUUCAGCUUUGUACCAUUGAGUGUUUGCAUCAUGAAAAUAUAAAUAAUAAUGAUCACAUUAUGGACGGGAUAUCACGAAUUGUUAUACAAUUAUCUAAGACUAAAAAUGGAUUUCUUUUUUAUCCCUUAUGUAAAGUAUCAGUGGAAAAUUUUUUAGAUUCUGUUUGUGGUGAUAUGCUUUCAAGGACUGCUUUUAUUAAUCUUAUUUUUCAUAUGUCUUUUUAUGCAGAACAAAUUGAGAAAUUCGAUGAUGCUUUAAAUUGGAAUAUGUUGUUGAUUAAUAAAUUUGGUCAAAAUGAUAUUAUUUCUAUUUCGCUGAGUUUCCAGAAUGGUUCUCUUGAGCUUUCUGGUGUGUUUUCAAUUGAGCAUUUUGAUUAUUUAGAGGUCAUUAAAGAGAAUUUAAAUAAACUUUUAUAUAUGAACGAUGAUAUUCAAAAUGCUUCAGAGGGGGAGCUAAUUAAAUUAAUCAAAAGCAUAGAUAGGUUGCGCCGUUCAUGUACUUCUGCAAUAAAUAGUUCCACUCGUUAUUCCGAGUUUUGUCAUUCUUGUUUUGAAAUAAUGUUAGAAUUUGUUCAGAAAUAUAGAACUAAAGAGAUAGGCGAAAAAGAGUGUUUUAAAGCUCUGAGUUCUAAUAUUUUAAGUAGUGUUAUAUCUUGUUUUAAAGCAUAUUUGACAUCUUCUGUAUCUGACGAAGUAUACCAUUCUAUUUCUCUUUUGGAUAUUUCUUUGGAGUUUGCAAGGUCCAUAGAUGAUGUUGCAGCUAUAAUAUCUAUAUCAAAUGUUUUUUGGAAUUCUGCAAUAAUAUUGUAUCAAAAUGGAAGUGACGCUAUUGAUUUUGUAAAACGAAGUAUUUUGACUUUAGAGAAUAUUGAUUUUUCUAAUUUGGAUAUGGAUCAUUAUAUUGGUCGCUAUGAGCUAUUGAUAAAAUGUUAUUUGUUAGUUAAAGAUUAUAAGAGUUCUUUAGAUUAUGGUUUUAAGGCUAUGAAUAUCCUUUACAAAAGUGGGAUUAUUUCUCAAAUAGCUUAUGAGUCUAAUCGUGUUUUGCUAUCAGAAGUUUUUAAAGAACAUCGUCAUGUAGCUAGAAUCGUAACUUCCAUUACUCAGAAUGCUAUAAUAAGUGGUUCUUGGUCUGAUAAAUGCCUAUUAAACUAUUUUGAUGUUCUUGACAAAGGGCCACUUUUAGAAUUGCAGCUUCAAGUUGUUCUUGGACUUCAAUAUAAAUAUGAUAUUUCUAAGCAGUUGCAUGUUCUUCAGAAUAAUCUUAUGGAUAUUUAUAAUGAAAAUUUCCCUUUUCGUAGAAUGAGGGUAUUAUUGCAAAUAUAUCAAUGUUUACAAAAUAGUGCUAAUGAUAUGGGUGAUGUUUUUGAUGAUUUUUAUAGGAAAAGUAUUUCUGAUUUAAUGAAUAAUAAUCUUAAGGAAGAUGUUGGUUUUGAGCCUUUUAGAUAUAAUUAUAUAGCAAUGUCUCGAUCUUUUUUAGCUUUGAAAUUGUUUUUAACUCAGAAACAAUGGCAAGACGAUAUGAAGGCUGCAUUUAAAAUUUGGAAGAUGAUAUUUGAUGAUAUCGAAUAUUCAAAAAUGCAGAAAACAUUGGAGAUGUGUAUAGACAGUCCACUUAAUCUUCUUUGUCAUUUUGAAAUGUUAGCUGAUUUUUUCCUUGUUAAAGGGCUUCCAUUGAACAGGUUAACUAUUUUAAAAUUGAGAUUAAGAUUAUGUUUAUUGUCCCCUGAACUAAGAGGCCCGGGAGAAUUGACUAGAAUAUAUGCUAUGUUAGGUUUACAAUAUCUUUCUCUUGGCUAUACAGGCAAAGCUGGUAUGAUAUUUGCUGCUGCUCAGAAUCAUAAUCAGAAGAUGAAUCCUGAUAUCAAGAGCCUCAUAGAGUUUGAGAUUUCAUAUGUUGAAUAUUUAUCUACAGUUGGUUGUGUUUCAUCAAGUUGGAAUUCUUUCAUAAAAGUUGCAAAGAUAGUAAAUGGGAACUUUCAAAGUUUGGAUGCAGGGUUAUCUAUGUCUUUAGAUAAACGAAUUGAAUGGUAUAGUUUAGUAGCAAAAGGUUCUUUCGUUUAUGCUUUAAUUAUGCUAGAAAAGGGCGCAAUUUUUGAUGCUUUGUAUUAUGUAGAAAAUUCGUAUCGUCUCUAUAAACGUAUUAUAAAGAAUAAUGUUAAAUAUUUUAAUAAAGGUAUAUCUUUAUCAAACAAAAGAAAUAAGUUAAAAGUGGAAGAAAGUUUAGUUCUAAAUGAUAACGAUAAUUGUCAAAAAAUGGUCUUUUUUGAAUUUGGGCAGUCUCAUUGGAGGGUGUUAAGUAAUUUUAUUUCUUGUUUGUUAUUAUUGGCAAGACUUUACGAAAUUCAAGGAUCUGUACUUGAUUCUGAAUAUUUUUAUUCCCAAGCUUUAGAAGCUGCUGAAAAUAUUGAUUCUUAUUUGGCUAUAGUAACCGUUUUAGUUAUGUUGAGCAAUUUAUAUGUAAAAACUGAGAGGUUUCAAAAAGCACAAGAAAAUCUUGAUAAAGCGAAGCAUUUUUUCUCUCAAAUUGAAAAUAUUAAAGAAUCUGUCUCGCUUUCAUUUACACAAGCAAGUCUUCAGAGUCGACAAAAACUUUGGUGUUUAGAACUUGAGUCAUAUAUAUUGGCUGAGAAACAACUGAAAGAGCUUAUGAGUCCUGAAUUUAUAAUAAAAUUGGAUGAAAUAGCAAUGGAAAAUGUUAUUUUAGGAAUUGAGACAAUGACAAUCUCAUCUCCAUUGAAGUUAAAUAAUUUAGAUAUUAAGAAAUUACCACUUAAUAAAUUUUCUACGCAAUGUGAAUGCAUUGUUCUGUCUCGUCUUAAAGGGAGGAUAAUGACUUUCAAAGGGUAUAAUUUUGCAUUACAAGGGAAAAUUGCGGAUGGAAAAAAGUUUUUGAAAGAAUCUUUUGCUGUAGAAUGUGAUAUGGAUGAUUUAAUUAUUCAAAGGCUUUAUCAAUCGAAAGUUUGUUUUCUGGAGGCUGAAGCUCUUCUUCAAAGAGAUCCAAUUUAUGGUGUUCUUCAAGACUCGGUAAUUUCUGUUCCAAAUAUAUGUAUACAUCGGUUUUUGGAUAAAUCUAGUACAAAUAAAUCUAAGACAAGAAUAGAUGCUUCUAAACAGGGGCUUAGUGCAUCAAGGAAUAAGAUUUUGAUUCUUUUAGAAGAAACUAAAAAGAAUAUUAUUGAAAUUUUUAGUGAAGCCUUAAACUAUGGACAAAGUACAUUAGUUAGACAGUUAGCGCAAAUGAUGGCUUCGACUACGGUUUUGCAAUCUGCUCUUUAUAUUCCUGGUGAUAGUAAUCAAAUAAAAUCUAUUAUUCCGUCAUAUUUUCUUGAAAUCUCCAAAAUGAUAUCUUUUCAAAGAGAACGUGCAUUUCUUCAAAAAAAUAUUAAAUUAAAAAAUAAUAAUAAUCAAGAUGUGCAAUGGCCUUUAAUUCUUGAAGAAUCUCAAGAUAAUGUUUCUUUAGAUCAUAAAAUUGUUUCUUCAGAGCUAUUUUCUAAGUUAUUUUUUUGCGAUAUAUCACAGUUUCAACAUGAAUUUCUAGAUAAAAUUCCUCAGUCAUGGAUUAUUCUUACUAUAGGAGUAGGCGAAUCUAAGAAUGAUUUAUAUAUUACUAGAUUACAGAGACAGUUAAGUCCAUUGGUUUUGCGUUUACCCUUGAAUCGCAGUAAUUCGAGAGAUGCUGAUCAAGAUACAUUAACGUAUGAUAAUGUUUUCAAUGAAUUAAAUGACAUCAUUCUUCAAAGUAAUGAAACAGCACAGACGGCAAAAAAUAUUAGUACUAGUGCUCAUAAACUAGGAUGGUGGAAAGAACGACAAGAACUCAAUGCAAGAUUAAAGAAAUUGCUUACAAAUGUUGAACACUGUUGGCUUGGUGGAUUCAAAGGUAUAUUUUCUCAAUCAAAUAUAAAUCAGGAAAGUUUUUCAAAGUUUAAGACCCUUGUAAACCAAAUUAUUAUAAAACAUGUAUUUUCUCGUAAACUUUAUCGAAAGAAUAAAAAUGUUGCAUCUUUCGAGAUAGAAUCAAGACUUUUGGAAUUAUUUGUAAAAUUAGAUCUUGGUGAUUCAAAAAUAGAAGAGUAUUUAGAGGAUCUUAUAUACUUUAUAUUAGACAUUUUUCAAUUUCAUGGUGAAACUGUUGCUUAUGAUGAAAUUGAUAUUGAUCAGAUAGUUGUUGAUUUUCAGGAAGCUAUUAGUAAUUAUAAUAAAGAGACUACCGUUCUUCCAGGUAAAAAGCAUCAGCAUUUGAUUUUGGUUUUGGAUAAGUCUGUUCAAUCUUUUCCAUGGGAAUCUUUGCCUUGUCUUCGGAAAUUACCUAUAUCCAGGGUUCCUUCUUUAUAUUGCAUUUAUGAUAGACUAAGCAUGGUAAACUUUGACGCAUAUCAAAAGGUUAAUCGCAAAAAUGGAUGUUAUGUCCUUAAUCCUUCUUCCGAUUUAAUUAAUACUCAAAACAAUUUCGAAACUUUACUUAAGGAUCUUGAUGGUUGGAAAGGAAUCAUAGGAAGAUCACCUGAAGAGUCUGAAUUUCAGUCAUAUUUGUCUUCUUUCGAAAUUUUCUUGUACUUUGGACAUGGUGGCGGUGAACAGUAUAUUCGCAAAAAUAUAGUUAAAAGACUUUCAAAAUGCGCCGUUUCUUUUUUAAUGGGCUGCAGUAGUGGACUACUAAAAGACAUGGGCGAUUUCGAGCCCAUAGGCAUAGCUACUAGCUAUCUCUUGGCCGGAUGCCCCGCACUGGUUGCAAAUUUAUGGGACGUAACGGAUAAAGACAUUGAUCGAUUCAGCACCCAUGUCUUAAAGUGCUGGGGAUUAGUCCCAAAUGGCCCAGAGGGCUGUCAAAACGAGGACUCUGGCCCGGGAGCCUUAGGAGCGCGUGCUUCGCUUGCUGAAGCUGUCGCUUUUUCCCGUGACCAGUGUGUACUGAAAUACUUGAACGGCGCGGCCCCUGUAAUAUACGGGGUCCCCGUAUAUCUUGAAUGA